AUGGCCAUGGAUAUCAGCUGCACAUCCAUCAUAUCACAAAUCAUUUUCACCGAGGAACAUAAUGACAAUUUGGUUACCGUCACCGUCCGGAAUAAUCGGUUCGGUCCCUCCAUUCAGCGGGGGAAUGAGGACAUUGUUCACCACAUGGAGGUCUUCCACUGCGAAUACCCGCCCGACUUCCAGGUUCCGUUGUACCAGGGUCCGUGCCAUUCCCCCGACCGCCCGCGUGAAAUCAACGCCUGCAAAAAGGUGCUGGCAGCCUGGGCCAUGGGGGCGUCCGCCUUCGUCUACCCUCAAGAAGCUGGUCUACCCAUUGGAGGCCCGGACUUCAACCCUUUCUUGAUGCUGGAGGUUCAUUACAACAACCCAGGACUCUUUGCAGGCCGCGUGGACAGCUCUGGCGUCCAGCUGCACUACACCCCUCGGCCGCGGCCAUACGACGCAGGCAUCAUGGAACUUGGCCUCGAGUACACGGCCAAGAUGGCCAUCCCGCCAGCCUUGCCCUCUUUCACCCUCGCGGGAUACUGCAUCCCGGAGUGCACGGCGCUGGGCCUGCCACCGGAGGGCAUCCACAUCUUCGGCUCGCAGCUCCACACGCACUUGACCGGCGUGCGUGCGUGGACCAAGCACCUGCGUGGGAGUGAGGAGUUGCCGGAGCUCAACAGAGAUGACCACUACUCCACGCACUUCCAGGAGAUUCGGCGAUUGGCCAAGCCCGUGCAUGUGCUGCCCGGCGACACCCUCGUGAUGACGUGCGAGUACUCGACGAAGGACCGCGCCAACGUCACCCUCGGGGGCUUCGCUAUCAGUGACGAGAUGUGCGUCAACUACGUGCACUACUUUCCCAAGGUCGACCUCGAGGUGUGCAAGUCCUCGGUGGAUUCGGCGACGCUCGUUGAGUACUUCGACUUCUUGAGGAGAUGGGAGCUCCAGCCCACCUCCCGCGAGCAGAGUUGGCGGGAGAAUUACGAGGCGAUCGAGUGGACGCCGCUCCGAGCCGGGGUGUUGGCGGACCUGUAUGACCACGCCCCCUUGUCCAUGCAGUGCAACAAGUCGUCUGGAGCGAGAUUUCCGGGAUUUUGGGAAAACAUGUCGAUUCCCAAAGCACUGCACCCUCUUCCGGAACCUCAAAGAAAAUGUGACCUUAAAAGCGACGCAUUGGGAGAAAACGAAAGCCAAGAAACAGGAGAGACUUUGUUAAAUUAAGGGAUUUUCGUGAGAUACGGGAUAAUUGUCUUGGGUUCCUUCAUCCGCUGUUACGACGCUUGGGUCGUUCUAUUUCUGAUGUUUACCCAGGAAUGUUAGUGUGUAGCACCAGCCUGGAUCGACAUUAGAAGUAAAGGUAUUAUAUAUGUUCGAACAUGUAAUUUAUAUAGAAGAAGAGAAAGAGAGAAAUUGGUAGAAUAAUAAAUACACACACAUACAUAUAUAUAAAGCUAAAAUAAACUAAUUUGUUAUAUGGACACUGAAAGGUCCGAACUAGAUGCACGUAAGAGGCAUAAUACUCUUAAGACUCCUAAGAUAAAACAUAAAACUCAUAAAAUAUGAAAAGCCGAUUUCCUUUUCUCUCUUUUAACGCCAAAAAAUGACAAGACAACCCCACUAGAAUUCGCUUUUUGAACAAGAGGAACAGCGGAACGAAACGCGCCUUUUCUAUCAAAAUGCAGCGAAAAUAUUUUGGGACCAACGCAUUGUGAGAUGUUAGAGAUCUGCAGCUGCUUCCACCACUGUACUUUAAAAGGAAGAAUAAAAGGAAAGAAGU